GUUGCAACCAAUCGGGAUCCGGCGAACGGAGAGGUGCUGGGGUUCCGCGAGCGCCCGCCUUGCUGGGUGAAUGCUGCUUCUGGGGUGAAAGGUUCCCAUUCAGACGACCUCUUUGCCGGGUGGUUCCGCGGUGCAAAGUGCCUUCCCCGCACAGUCUCCCUUGGCGUAAGAGAGGCAUCGGCGGCAGCAGCAGCUGAUACGUGACCUAGACUGUUUCUUCUUCCCCUCUUUCGGGGCGGGAGCAGCAAAGCGCCUCCCCUUCUGCGUCCUAUGAAACAGAACCUUAUGUAUGACGAAGAAAAAUGAAUACCACCAUGAGUGAGGAGCCUGAUGCAUUAGCUGUAGUUAAUCAGCUGAGAGAUCUGGCAGCUGACCCUUUAAAUAGACGAGCCAUUGUCCAGGAUCAAGGAUGUCUACCAGGCCUUAUUUUAUUUUUGGAUCACCCCAGUCCUCCAGUUGUCCAUUCAGCACUGCUUGCUCUCCGCUAUUUGGCGGAAUGUCGUGUCAACAGAGAGAAGAUGAAAACGGAACUGGGUAUGAUGCUGAGCCUACAAACUGUCAUUCAAAAGACUACAACACCAGGAGAGACGAAACUGUUAGCUUCUGAAAUCUAUGAUAUUCUUCAGUCUUCAAGCAUGUCUGAUACGGACACUGCGAAUGAGAUGAAUUCUCGGCGUCGGAAAGCCCAGUUUUUCCUGGGAAGCACAAAUAAACGCGCUAAAACGGUGGUUUUACAUAUAGAUGGCCUUGAUGAUUCGUCCCGAAGAAAUCUGUGUGAAGAAGCCUUGCUGAAAAUUAAAGGAGUGAUCAGCUUUACAUUUCAAAUGGCAGUUCAAAGAUGUGUAGUCCGGAUCAGAUCAGAUUUAAAAGCAGAGGCAUUGGCAACAGCAAUAGCAUCAACCAAAGUCAUGAAAGCCCAGCAAGUUGUGAAAAGUGAAAGUGGUGAAGAGAUGCUGGUUCCAUUCCAAGAUACUCCUGUAGAAGUGGAACAGAACACAGACCUCCCUGAGUAUUUGCCAGAAGAUGAAAGCCCUUCCAAGGAGCAAGACAAAGCUGUGUCCCGCGUUGGGUCACAUCCAGAAGGUGCUGCCAGUUGGCUGAGCACAGCGGCAAACUUUCUUUCUAGGUCCUUCUAUUGGUGACUUGGAGCUGAGGCUCAAGGACUGUGUGAACCGACAGGGGGGCCAGUUUUCCAUUGAUGUGGUGAACUGCCAAGUGCAAUUUGCAAUAAGUUAUCACAAAAAUUUUAGACUACACAAACGUAUGCUGUGUUUUACAUUUUAUUGGACAUUUUGGCUGUUCAGGCCAGUCAGAAGGAUGGAGGCCUCAAAUCAAGGUUUGUUCAUUUCCCUGCCUUCUCCAUACUAGUCCUUGUAUAUGUUUUAUUAUUCACGUUUUAAUAUGGGUCCACGACCAAUCAAACCUGUUGAGUGCAAAAAGCUUUAAGUUACAAUACAUACUAACCAUCCAGAGAGCCCAUUCAACACAAAUCUCAGGUCAUCUGCACAAUUAUAUUAUUAGCUCUAAUUUUGCAUGGAUUAAAAUGCCUCUUUUUGGUUGUUUUUUGUUGGUUUUGCCUUAUUUCAGAUUAUGUAUUUCCUCCAGAAGCUCACUCUAGAAGGGAAAAACUCUUUGCCAUUUAUUAUCUGUAUUCAGCUUUGUCCAGAGCCAGUGUGUCAUAUUCCACUUGUUGCAAUGCAAGGGAAAUGCUUCAAAACUUGAACUUUAUAGAGCCCUGAAUUGUUUAAAAAAACAAAAAGCCAGCCCUUAACUGCUUGAGAAAUCUGAAUGAACUUCAGUAAUGAGAGAUUAGAUAUGUGUGCGUGUAUUUAUGGAAUAUAAUCUGCUGUAAGAAAAUGCUUGUAAUGAUGGCUGCGACUUAAAUAUGAUCAAAUACCAGUGACUGCAAUUUAGCUUGGUUCAUAAACUCUGGCUUCAAAAGUUAUCACCUGUUUGGGUGAUAGCUUCUUGCAGGCUUUGUCUGUGGUAGGAAGUGUGAAGUUGGCCUUAUACAAUUAACAAAAAUUGUUUCCAAUCAACCUGUUGGGAGCUGAAAACUUAAAAUUUAGUGGGGAGGGGGGACUGAAAUGCCUCAUAUGCCAUAGUGCCACUCUCUUACACUUUCACCUUAAACUCUUGUUGCUUGGCAGAAAUGAUGUAUUCUCCCUGUUGCCUUGGAUAUUCCACUAUUUAUGUUCUGUGACAACAGGCAUAAGCUGUGGGGCAGUGUGAGACCUGGCCAUAGGGCCAAGAACAGGGCAACAGCCAGUGUGUGCCUGAUGUCAGGGGAAAGGUAGGCAUCCUAUAUGAGAGAAAGAGUCCCUGAAAGGGCACUGACCUCAUCUAGACACAAUCAAUCUAUCUCCGGAGUUGGCUUCGUCCUGUGGUGCAGAGCAUUUGAAAUCUUAAAUGUGCCUGGAUCAUCUGCUUAGCUUUCAGAAAGUCUAAUAGAGGAACAGUUUUUCAGUAGGCAAAAUAUAUUGAGUCCAGCAAAACAGUCGUGAUACAUUUCUCGGUCUCUUUAGAACACCUCCAGUACUGCUCCUGCACCACGGAAAAUAUUGCUGUGCAGCUGCGGUGUUCCUAUAAAGCUGGCUCUACAGUGCUGCUUUAUGUGGGGUGCUCCAUACAAUAUUGGCUACAUCAGUGACUUAAAUAUACCGAGGCUCAGCUUUACCCUUUGACGUUCUUACCGCUGUGUUUUGCACAGUAGCAGCAAUUAAGUAGCAUCCAGAAACUGUCAUAGUAAUGAAAACCAGUGUGCAGGGAGUGGGGAGUGUAAAAUACCUACAGUUAAAUCAAAGUUCACUUAAAGUCAGUGUCCUUUUUAAGAUAAAGAGUGUACAUUCAGAUUAGAUUAUUUUUGUUUCUAUUUUUUAAUGUAUCUAGUUGAUUUGGUUGAUGUUUACACGCACAGAAUACAAGCUCUCUAAGGCAUGUAUUGCAUUAAAUAUGUAUUACUAAGCAUAUUGCUGUCUAGAAUGUUACAAUAAUACCAAACGUGUUUGCAGAGCCCUCUGUUGUAUAGCCAUGGAUGCAAUGUUUACUUUUUGUUUAACAUCUCUCUCUUUCUCCUGCAUUUUGCAUUUCCGCACACCCACUUAUUACAUGACACAUCCCUUUGAAUAUUAAUGGUUCAGUAAAAGUAGGUAUUAAAACUUGUGUGUUCAAUUUGUAGGUAUGCUUUUGGGGGGAGGGGGGAUCAGUAUUGCAGGUUUCCUAGUUAAAGCAUCUAUAAAGAGCUUUUGAAAUACUGUAAAAUAAAAGUGUACUAUAACUUA